UUUGCACCUACUUUUAUGGGAAGUUGUAUGCUUAAUUAACUUGUUAUGGGAAAGGAAAGCUUUUGAUACAAGUUAUAACUUCCUUCUCCCCUUUUAAAUUCACAUUAGAAUUAGGGUUUUGCUAUUGAAAUUCCAUUGACAGGGAUGGCAUUCCCCAUUGAAGUUCAUGACGAUCGUUAUCAACUCUACGAUGUGUACUUUCAUAGUGACCAAAUCCUAACGACGGUGACUUCCGAUCCUGACGUAGUAACGAAUUGGAUCAAUGGAAUCGAAUAUAUCCAUAGACGACGUCUCAAUCGCCUUAUAGUCGGUCUUGAUGUAGAAUGGAGGCCCAAUUUCAACAGAUACCAAAAAUUCCCUGUUGCAACUCUCCAGCUUUGCGUUGGUCGUCGUUGCCUUAUCUUUCAACUAAUUUAUUGCAGAUAUAUACCCGAUGCCUUAACGGAUUUUUUAUUGAAUCCAUGUUAUGUUUUUGUUGGAGUGGGAGUUGCCAACGAUGCUGAGAAAUUGGAGGAGGAUUAUGAGUUAUACGUUCAGAAUACGGUUGAUUUGAGGCCAUUAGCGGCUAAUGUUUAUAAUUCAAGUAAUUUAAGGAAUGCUGGGUUGAAGACGCUAUGCCAAGUUGUUUUAGGUAGAGAGAUGGAAAAGCAGCGCCAUAUUACUAUGGGAAGGUGGGAUAAUGAGUGGCUCGAUACGGAUCAAGUGCAGUAUGCUUGUGUUGAUGCUUUUGUUUCUUUUGAGAUUGGCAAGUGUCUAAAUGCUUCGGGGUAUUAAUCUUCUUAGUUUUUGAUUAUGAAUUGAUUAGACUAUUUUUCAA